AUGGUUAGGAAGAAGGUGAAGCUUGCUUUUAUCUCCAAUGCUUCAAGAAGAAAGGAGACGUACAAAAAAAGAAAGAAGGGUAUCAUCAAGAAGGUGAGGGAACUCACUAUUCUUUGUGGUAUUCCAGCAUGUGCUAUAAUUUCCGAUCCUUUUGAUUCUAAAACAGAGGUGUGGCCAAAUCUAGAUGGAGUCAAACAGGUGCUUGAGAGGUAUCAGAAAUCAUAUAUGAAAGAUGAUAAAAAGAAUGUGAACCAAGAAACUUUUCUUUUGCAGCAGAUUACUAAAGCUAGGGAACAACUGAGAAAGCUGACACAAGACAAUCGUGAGAAGGAGCAAAAGAUUCGAAUGAAAAAUUACAUGCAAAACAUGCCGGAUGAUUUGACCGUUUCAGAUUUGAAAGAACUUGAUAAGAUAAUUGAGAAAAAUAUGAAGGAAUUGGAUGAAAAGAUUGUCGCACUUAGUUUAUCAGAUUGA